AUGAGGGCGCCGGCGCUGCUGACCUGCUGUGGCUGGCUGCUCGCCCCAGUGACCAGUGUUCACCCAGAAUGUCGAUUUCAUCUGGAAAUACAGGAGGAAGAGACAAAAUGUGCAGAGCUUCUAAGGACUCAAACAGAAAAAUACAAAGCCUGCACUGGUGUCUGGGACAACAUUACGUGUUGGCGCCCUGCGGACAUAGGCGAGACCGUCACGGUGCCCUGUCCUAAAGUGUUCAGCAAUUUCUACAGCAAACCAGGAAACAUAAGCAAAAACUGUACAAGUGAUGGGUGGUCAGAGAUGUUUCCAGAUUUCGUAGACGCCUGCGGCUAUAAUGAUGCCGAGGACGAGAGCAAGAUUACGUUCUACAUUCUGGUGAAGGCCAUUUACACGCUGGGCUACAGUGUCUCUCUGAUUUCCCUUACAACCGGAAGCAUAAUUCUUUGCCUCUUCAGGAAGCUGCAUUGCACCCGGAACUACAUCCACUUGAACCUGUUCCUCUCCUUCAUCCUCCGAGCCAUUUCAGUGUUGGUCAAGGAUGAUGUGCUAUACUCCAGCUCGGGCACGCUGCAUUGCCCCGACCAGCCAUCCUCCUGGGUAAGGCUGUCCCUGGCACCCGCCGGAGGUCUUGUAGGAGCUUUGCUGCGUUCCCAUGGGCUCCCUGGCGGCACUCAGCGUCCCUCUCUCUGCUGCAGGAGGCUCGCCAAGUCCACGCUGCUGCUCAUCCCGCUGUUUGGAGUUCACUAUGUGGUGUUUGCCGUGUUUCCUAUUGGCAUCUCCUCCAAAUACCAGAUCCUGUUUGAAUUGUGCAUCGGAUCAUUUCAGGGCCUGGUGGUGGCGGUUCUGUACUGUUUUCUCAACAGUGAAGUGCAGAGCGAGCUGAAAAGGAAGUGGCGCAGUCUGUGCCGUAGCCGGCCCUGUGGCCGGGACUGCAGGCUCCACAGCUUGUCCGUCUGGAGGAACGGCUCGGAAAGCGCCCAGCAGUUCCACCGGGGCUCCCGCGCCCCGUCCUUCCUGCAGACAGAGACCUCGGUCAUCUAGUGCACGGCCACGUUGCAGACGGCCUCCCCAGGGCCCUUGGGAUGCGGGCAGCCACAGGCGGGCCUCCCCCAGCGGGAGAGCCCUGGCGGGUGACUCAGCAGUGACACGCUAGAGCUGGUCUCUGCUCAUCCCAUCCGUGGAGCUGGGGUUACCUUCCAACUGACUGGGACUUUAGUCAGAUUCGUGUUAAACUCCAGCAUGUAGGUAAUUUUGCUCAUAAUGUUGUCUGGCCAAGUAGACGGGCCAUUUUCAAAGUGAAUAGGGAGAAAGAAUGGUCCCUGAAAUGAGGUACAGUGGCCCAGAACUUGGGUCCAGCCACCAUGGAAGGAAAACAAGGGGAUUUUCUAAUCUCGGUGCCAGUCCGGGGCAGGGGGCAAAGGCCUGAGCUGGGGGCUGGACGCUCCCUCUGCAUGACCCCCAGCACGGCCUUCCCCUGCCUGGUCCUGAUUAGGCCAGCCCUCUCGUCUGCAGGACACGGACACAGAGCAGCAGAACCCGUCCCUGCUGGGUGCCCCUGCUUUCCCCCACCUGCCCCAGGGCCUCCUCUCCUGCUUGUCCACCAGGAAAAGUGAAGAGAAGGGUGUCAGAUGAAAACAACAGCGGGUGGUAUGUCACCCCGCGAGGGCGUCUGCGUUUAUGAGGGCUUCUCAACCAGUGAAGACUCCCCCUGAGACCACUGCAGGCCUCCUCCCCCAGGAGGGGUGAGAGGGUUGGGUGACCUCUGGCCAAGCUUGUAGGACCUGGUCAUCAGGGCAACAAAGACACCAGGCAUUUUAUCUGGGGGGAGCAGAAACCUAUUCUCCUUUCAAUGAAAAUAAUCUACAGUCAUUUCUGUUUAAAUGGAGAAUUAUUCUAACAAAACAUAAAACUGUGUUGAGCGCUUCUGUCCAACAUUGGCAAGCAGCAGUCCUGGUUUCCAGUUCCCUUGAUAUUUGCAGAUUUGGGAGCUAGGUCUGAGUGGCUGAGCAGCUGCAGAGGGAGCAGGAAGCCAGCGAGGAGAGCAAGCCCACCCCCGUCCCGAGCCUGGCCCUGCAGCACCAGACAGACAGACGUUCUGCCCAAACCCCGUCCCGCUGCCUCAGCCACUGGACUCAGCGAUUCGACCCCUUUUAUGAUACUGAUGCCCCCAAAACUGAGGCCAUGACGUCUUCUUCCUGAGGCAUCCUAGAACCUGGCCAGAACGAGGGAGCAGGACCUGGCCGGCUGGGGCGGUCAGAGCAGCUCAGGACAGCUCACAUUGGUGACAAAAGCCUGGACAAACGGGGACAGCAGAGCAACUGUGUCCAGAGGCCACCUGGAGCCGGGGCCCCCACCUCAGAUGAGCCACUGUAACCAGAUCCACAUGACCAACUGGAGAGCCAGACCCAGGUUUACGUGGGGCCACAGGUUGUGCUCGGACUUUAGAGGUGCAUCUUCCUCCCUGGCGUGCACCAAGGUCCAGCAGACAUGGACUGGUCUGUCUUGCUGGGAAAGGGAAGGGGGGCGGGAAAGUGAAUGUUUACUGAUAGCAGGAGCAGGUGCUGGAAGAGUCAACAUAUGUCGUCUUACAAUGCUGUAAAUGUGUGUGGAACGUCCACAGCUCACUGUGUGUAAGCAUUUCAAUAAAACCUGAUUUCCUGUCCA